AUGUCUCAAACCGUUAGUCAGGUCACCUUCUUCCGCGUCAAAUCUUCUGUCAAGCCUGAAGACCCCUCCAACGAGGAAGGCGAGGCUCUUAUGAGGAUCUUCAUCACGACCAAGCAUCAAAGCGGUCAUCAGCACUCAUCCUGGGGACGCACAUCCGAAGACGAAGACACCAUCGUCUGGGUUGUAGACUGGACCGACCCCCGCAGCACAAUAAACAUCCAACUUCUCGAGCCAUUCCUGGCCCCAGACAAUCCCCAGCCACCAUCAUGUCUCCGCGUCACGUUCAGCCCUCCACUCUCCAUCACAGAAACACUAACAAAAAACCCCGUGACUGAGCUGUGCACGCUGUCUUUCCGAAGCGACCUUGAAGUGCCAGCAUUAAAGCAGAUCAACGCGGACUUGAUCAACUUCCGCACCACGAUGGUCGAACAGCUGGCACAGGCAGCAGGGCCACGGUCGUGGUCGAUGGGCAUGUUGACCGGCCGAGUAAGCUGCCGCACGAGAAGAGUCCGACUGGGGAAGCUUUUGCUCACCUCCUCGCUGUUGGCUGGGAAAGUAUAG